AUGCACCAGUUUGAUUUAGUGGCACAAAAAUGUUUGGAUUCUAAACCAGUACUUUUAGCCGACGAUAUUGAAUGUGAAAUAAUGAAUGUAAUCACAAAUCCCAAACCUUUUGACAAACCUUUCGAUUAUAUUAAAAACCAAAGUGAAGUCAACGAGUAUUGGAAUUCACUAUUCAGCCUUACAUCAAAUGAUACUGAAAAUGACCAAGUUAUUCCACAGGUAUCAGAUAUGAAGACAACAACAACAACACUAACCGAUACCAAGCUAACACAUUUGAAUCUGGUUACACUCAAGUUAUACCAAUCAAUUUUGUACGAAUAUUUACUCAAUGUGAAGCAGUCUUCAAGUCAGAAUGAUGAAAAUUUAGACAGUUCAUGUGAACGUGACUUUGAUGUCUCUGUAGAACAGGACUGUCAGAGUCAAUUUCCAAUAAAAUAUCUAUUGAUACCUCUCAAGCCAAUACCAUACUAUUCACAAGAUGCAGAAUAUUGGUUCCAACGCUUUAUAUCACUUCAACUUUUCCUCUAUCGAAUGAGCGAAACAACUGAAGGUGAAUUUCUUGACAGUCUGCAAAACUUCACUAACAAUAAAUUCACUUGGUGUCAUCAACAAACGGAUGACAAAGUUGAUGAAAAUCAAAUUCACUCUAUUGUCUCACCAUACAGCAUACAUUUUGAACCUAAAACAGAAGUAGUGUUAAGAAAUGAGAAAAAUCGCAGAGCCAUUAAACCAAUACAACGCUUGUUGUUGCAAACGUUAGACAACUUUGAAGGUGAUAAUUCUUUCAGUAAACAUCUAUGGCUCCUUAUCAGUUACUGUCCACAUAAUUUGAAACUUGAAAUUCAACAGUAUCAAAAUCGUUUAAUUUUACUUAAUGAUAAAGAAGAAUUUUUCAAGGCUAUUGAAGAGUUCAACACACUGAUGAUAAAAUAUUCUACAGCUAAUAUUCUUUCAGAUAAAGAAAAAGCAGAAGUGAAUAUCAAAAGCACAUCAGUGAAAACCUCUUCAGUUAAACGAACAGAAAAGCAAAUCGAUCCAGACAGUACAAAUCAAUUUAGUCAGGAGUUGCAAAAUGAAUUUGGUAUAUGGUUAGAAAAAUUCGAUACAACUCUUCGAUCUGGAAAGAUUUUGAAUAGUAAUACUUCACCUGAUAAAAGCUCCAUACAGUUUGGUUACAUUAAUCCUAAUGUUUCAUUACCAACAAUUCAACCAAGUGAUGAUGUUUUCAACGUUUUCAAGGAAAUAAUUUCAUGGAGAUAUUUUGGUGGCACUAUAGUCAAAUCAAAGUUAAAGGAAUAUAUUUUAAUGUUAUACCGUUUUAAUGAAUGA